AUGCCUAACCCAUUGGGAGGCUUCGAUGGCACUACUGGGAAAAUUUUAAAAGUGUCACUAAGGAACUUUUUGAACCACGAAUCAUUAGUGUUUGAAUGUUGCCCCAACUUUAAUGUCAUUUUUGGGAAGAAUGGGCAAGGGAAGAGUGCAAUUGUCCAAGCAAUCGCCCUUUGUUUCGGUUUGGAUGGAAAAGGUGCAGGACGUAACUCGACGCUAGCUAAUUACAUCAAGGAUUAUCAUUUACCAGAAGCACAUAAUCGAACCGCUACAAUUGAAGUCACCCUAUCGAAUUCUGGGCCAGAUGCCUUUGAGUUUAACGCCAGGGGCCCCUACCUCACCAUCAUUAGGUGUAUAACUAGAACUUCAUCAACUUACUACAUUAAGGGAAGCAAAGAAAAAAGGGAACAGAUAUCCAAACGCAAAUUGACAGAGUACCUGAACCAAGUUAAAAUAAAUAUAAGGAGCCCUGUAGUGUACAUGGAUCAGGAGCUUAGCAAGUCCUUCUUCCUCCACGCCACCAGCCACAGCUUCUACAACUACUACAUGAGCGCAGCUGGCCUUGAUACGAUGAGCCACGCUAUGUCACUCGAGAAAAACAAUUUGGAGCAAACAAAACUGGAGAUUGAACGGAAACAGACUUGCUUAGUCCCAGAGCGUAACAUAUUGAAAGAAUUUUGCCAAUCAGUGGAGCAAUUUGUGAACCAAUUAGGCGAAUGGGAGCAGGCUAAAUUGAAUUACAGGCUGGCAGAGUUGAGGGAUGCAAAGCAUGAGUUUGAAAAUUUCAAUAGGAGGCUAGAAGAGGCCGAUAACUCGAAUAUUAAUGAGGAUAUAAAAAGGCUGGAAAAUGAGAUUAGUUUGACAAAGGGCCAAAUUGGCAACAUAAAACAUCAACUCGAGUGCCUGGCCAACCAAGCCUUAUCACUAAAAGAAGCCAACAGAACUCAGAAUGAAAUAAUUAUAUCCUUCGAUACCCAAAUUUUGCGGCUUAAUAACCAAAAAAAAGGCAUCGAAAGAGAGAUAGACCAGACCAAACUGGAAAUAUCGCAAAUAGAAUCACAAGAAUUGGACAACAAGAAUACAAUCCUUUCCAUUGAAAAACAUAAAUCUGAGUUACUAACCAGUGAAUUAAACAAGCUCAGCAGUGAACUGUGCAAGCUGGAGGAAGAAUAUGAUAAUGUUAAUUCAACUAUUGCAUCUUGUGAUGGGGAUUUGAGACAGUUAGAAUUUGCCAAGAAAAACGUGUUAGAUAAGCUACACCAAGUAUGCAAUACAAUUAAAAGAAUUUCCUGCAAAGAUGACCGUGAGACAAUGGAGCAUGAAAUCAAAAACACUUACAAUUAUAACGUUAUUUUUGUCGCCAGUAAGAUUGAAAAGAUGGCCAAAUCUGGAGAGUUUGACGCCAAGCCAAUAGGGCCAAUAGGCCGGCUAAUCAAAUUGAAAUCGAGCGUUUGUGGCACAAAUAUACCAUCUAUCAUUGAGCGCCAUAUUGGCAAAUUAGUAUUUGCCUAUUUGGUCGCUAGUGAGAGUGAUGGAAAGAAGAUCAGACACUUGCUAGAAGCUAAUUCAUGUCCUCAUGGGCGAGUUAGAAUUGUCAAAACAAAUCUAUUCCAAUUGUCAAUGCAAAAUUACGAUAGCACACCUAAGCUAGAUAAUGUGCUAUUUAGCUACCUUGAUAUUGGUAAUAUGGACGAAGUACUAUGCCAUUUUUUGGCAAAAUUUCACCAUUUCCUCACCACAGCCGUAUUCUCUAGUUACAAAGACAUGUAUCGUGCCUUGUCCAAUGCUGAAACGCAUGUGGAAAUUGGAUUCACGUUGGAUAAGGUUGGGUACGGGAAGCGCAUAAAUGAUUCACUUUUUUUCCCUGCAUGCAAUGAAUACGAGUACAAACCACCGAAAUACAUCCAAAUAAAUGCCAUCGGAAGCAAUACAUGUAUGGAAAGCUAUGUAAAAAGUGAGAUUGAGCUUACAGAAUCUCUGGAGGAUUUAAACUUUAAAAUAAACCAAUUGAUCGAUAAACAAAGGAGCUUAAAGAAUAAAAUUGAUGACUUGAAAAGAGAUAAAACGAGGUUGUAUAAGGAAAAAUUCAUUCUCGAGUCAAAACUAUCUCAUUCAUGUGACAGCAAUUCAUCACUUGAAAAGGAGAGCAAUAGCUUACAAUCAAAAUAUGAACUCAAGCUAAACGAAUUGCAAUGUAAAUUAAAACAUGUUGAAGAUAAAUUGAAUGAAGUCAAUCACGAUAAGGUUUCGCACUUUGAAAAGAUAAAAAAUAAUACCACAUUACUUAAUACAGUGUUACAUGAUGUGUCGCAGCUAAAAAAGUCUUAUGGAGAAUGGCAAACAAAACUGGACAAUCUGAGUAAAACUUUGGAUGCUACUAAAAAAUCAAAGAUAUCCCUUUUAGAACAAAUUGAACAGCUCAGAUCCAACCGCACCAAAGCCAAGGAUAAAAUAAUGCUACUUGAAAGGAAAAUGAAUGCUGAUGGAAUAGAGUUUGACAAAUACGAGACUCCAAAGUUGUCAAUUCAGGAGUAUUACAACAUGAUUGAAGCGAGGAAGGUACUGCUUAAGAAGAUGGUUCAGGACAACGUUUCUCAGGGUAAAAUCGGGGCACCGACAAUUCAAGACUACAUACAGGAAUUGAAGAAUGAAAGGGAUCAAUUCCAGCAGAAAUUACAGGAAAAGGAGGAGACUCUCAAGGAAAUUAUUGAGAACUUUACACUCGGCAAGCAAAACUUUUUCUUGAGGAGUGAAAAGUUUUGCAAGAUCAAACAGGAAAUCAAAAAUAUCGCAAAACAUGUAUUCAAAGACACUCUGGCUUCCGUGUGCGAUUAUCAAGGGAAUCUAGUGUUCAAUGACGUACAACACACACUGGACAUUCAAAUAUUCAACAAACAACAGGCACUCAGCAAGUUUCACGUUGCCACCAACCUCAAGACAUUAUCCGGAGGCGAAAGAUCCUGCAUCCAAUUGUCACUUCUGCAAAGCUUGGCCAGUAUUACAUAUUCUCCCAUACACAUAUUUGAUGAGUUGGACGUUUACAUGGACCAAUCGACCCGUAUGAGGAACAUUGAUGCGUUGCUGGACUUUGCCAGGAAAAAUAUUAAUAGGCAAUUUUUCCUAGUGACUCCACAUUACGAAUUUGCAAGACACAUUUCAGACAAUUAUUCGCACAUAUCAAAGUUAUUCAACGUGGGCCAUAAGCUAUAG